CCAGCCAAUAAGUGAGGGAUUCCAGCCGCAACAGUAGGUAGCAGAGAGUCCCAUGUAUCUGGGAUGAAGAGCAGGCGUAAGAGCAUUAAGCUUUGAUGUGCAAUAACAGCAUGCCAUUACUCUGCCACAUGUUGGCUGUAGCUUUUGUUCAGAUCUUCAUAGUCUCGGGCAAUUGGAUUCUAGCCAAGAACAUCAACUUCUAUAAUGUGAGACUUCCAGUAGACCCUACCCCAUUUCCAAGCAGCUUCAAGUGUUUUACUUGUGACAAUGUUGUUGACAAUUACAACUGUAACAGAUGGGCUGAAGAUAAAUGGUGUCCUCUGAACACACAGUACUGUUUGACAGUCCAUCACUUCACUAAUUAUGGAAGGAGCACCUCUGUCACGAAAAAAUGUGCUACCAGGGAAGAAUGCCAUUUUGUAGGCUGUCGUCACUACAGGGAAGCUACUUCUACAGAAUGCAUCUCCUGCUGUGAAGGGAUGAUUUGCAAUGUAGACAUACCAACGAAUCAUACAAAUGCUGUAUUUGCAGUUAUGCAUGCUCGGAGGACAUCAGGCAGUAGCAGCAGACAGGCUGUUAGCAUCCUGUUGCUGGUCUCAGUCACUGUAAUUUUUGUAAUAUGACGUGACUCUUCCUAACUACUGAAAGUGAUAUGA